CUUUCUCUCUGUCACGACCUCCUCCUCCGUCUCCCGCACUUCCUCCGCUCCAUCGCCUUCCUUCUUCGCGCCUCCUUUGCUCUUCCGUUUCUCUCCGCCUCCUGGGUCGUGUUCCUGUUCCUCCUCCUCUCCGCCCGCUUGAUUUUCAUCUCCCCGCCUCCCCAGAGUUCGUGCUCCUCCGGAGUUUUUCCUUCUCUCGCUCCCCAUUUGUAAUGUCGAGUGCAUUCCAUUGAGCGAGGUUAAACUAUAUUCGUCCGAUUAGGUGGAUUCACGCCUAUGGAUUAAUCAACCGAAGCUGCACUUGAUCGUCUCUUUUUUUGUGAUUUGGUUCGGGUGUUUUCCGUGGUUCGAAUCUAUUUCCACUUCUCGAAAGUGUUCGUGUCAAAAUUCUUAGAGGUUCAACUCAGACUGAGACUUCUAGGGUGGACGUAAAGAUGUCACAAUGGGAUGCUUUUUUUGCAUUUCCUAUAGCUCCCCUUUUGACGAGAAAAAACUAGAUGUCAUCAUAGACAUUAGGGGCAAUGGCGGAGAAAGACAACGACUUGCCAAGAGAUGCCAGGGUCGUGCAGUCACUGCUGAAAUCAAUGGGUGUCGAGAAGUAUGAACCUUGCGUUAUCCACCAAUUCUUAGAGCUGUGGUACCGAUAUGUAGUUGAUGUAUCAACAGAUGCACAGGUCUACUCUGAGCAUGCUGGCAAGGCUGCAAUUGAUUGUGAUGAUGUUAAGCUUGCAGUCCAGUCAAAAGUCAAUUUCACCUUUUCACAGCCUCCUCCACGAGAGGUGUUACUGGAAUUGGCUAGAAGCAGGAACAAGAUUCCAUUACCAAAGACAAUAUCAGGUCCUGGAAUUCCACUUCCUCCAGAACAGGACACGCUGAUCAGCCCAAAUUACCAACUUGCAAUCCCGAGGAGGCAAUCUGCUCAGGCAAUGGAAGAAGCAGAAGAAGAUGAAAGAAGUGAUGCCAAUCCAUCACAGGAGCAGAAAACAGAUGUGCCACAGAGUACGCCACAGAGAGUUUCAUUUCCCCUUUCCAAACAUCCCAAGUGACGGAUCUGCAUUCGUAGCUAUGGUGUGACUCAGAAAAGAUAUGGAGAAAUUAUGGGCCUGUACGCUGACAUGUGGUAGUUCAUACUGGAUCUUUUAAUGUAUAAGAAUAUUAUGCAGUAUGCUGGCUGUAUCGUGAGCUUCUCUUCUGUCUUUGGUCUGCUCGGUGACAAGUUUGAAGAGUGGCGUCUGUCAGCAACUGCUGUACCUGUAACUUAUCUUGCUUAGAAGCAAUCACAGUUGAACAACUAGCAGCAGUAGAAAAGUCA